GCACUUCUGACGUGCUUACCUGCAUUGCCCAUACAACACCAGUUCAUUCCUCACUGAAGUCCUGUAACUCUCUGAUUGUUUGCUCAAACCUUGUCAACUUCGUUCAAAAAUAAUAAGUUGUUGGGUUGUUUUAUCACAAUCGUAGCCAUGGCAUCCCCCGCAGCCUUUGAAUUCCUAGCCCUCGGGGCAAUUAUUCAGACAUUCCACGUCGGAAAGACCAACAUUGUCCAGGGCUUCCCAACCGCCGAGCUUUACCAAAAGCACAAUGGCCCAUUCUUUGGCGAAACCAUUGGCCGCGUUGCCAACAGGAUCAAGGGCGCGAAACUUGACUCUCUGAACGGGAAAUCAUACGCCUUGGCCGCGAACAACGGACCAAACAGCCUUCAUGGUGGCGAUAUCGGAUGGGGAAAGCGUGAGUGGGCAGGACCUACUCCCGUUGGACAAAGGGAGAUUCCAGAACUGGAAGGCGGAAAGCUCACAGGAGGAGAGAGUGUCAAGUUUACACUUGAGAGCCACGACGGCGAGGAGGGCUUCCCAGGUGACUUGGAGGUUUCGGUAAUCUACACAGCAGGCACGCAACUUACUCCUGAUGGAAAGGAAGUCAAUGUCCUGGCUAUGGAGUACCAGGCUGAGCUUGUUGGUGGCGCCGAUGAGACUGUCAUUAACAUGACAAACCACUCAUACUUUAACCUCUCCGGAGAGCCAACCAUCGCAGGCACCGACGUCGAGCUUAGCACCAAGCUAUACUUGCCGGUUGAUGAGCACGGAAUCCCAACUGGCGGCCCACAAGUGUACGAUGCGGCCGAUCUCAGCAAGGCUACCCUGGGGGUUAUCGAGCCUGAUGUCGACGAUUGCUUUGUCUUCGACAUACCACCGAACUCAAUCCCGAUAGAUACAAGGGAGCAAGCCCUGAGGAAACUGGUCACAGCAUACCACCCAAGGACUAAGAUCCAUCUGGAGGUGCUCUCGACUGAACCUGCCUUCCAGUUUUACACUGGAAAAUACAUCGAUGUCCCUUCGGUUGAAGGGCUUCCCGCUAGAGGCGCGAGAAGCGGUUUCUGCGUCGAGCCCAGCCGGUUCGUUAACGCUAUCAAUGUUGAUGAGUGGAAGGGACAGGUCCUGUUGAAGAAGGGAGAAGUGUACGGAAGCCGGACGGUGUACCGCGGAUGGAGCGAUGAGUAGAUUAGUAACCGGCGGUCUAACAAGACUUCGCCGUUUCGUGUCAUACAAUGCCAGAGCUGGAA